AUGAAUACCUCUAUCGAACUUUUCAACAAAUCCUGGGAUAAUGACUUUGCUUAUCAAACCCCCAGUAUUGUGGACACAGUCAUCCUUCCUUCCUUGAUUGGGAUUAUCUGCUUCACCGGGCUGGUUGGCAACAUCCUCAUUGUAUUCACUAUAAUAAGGUCCAAGAGAAAAACAAUCCCUGACAUUUAUAUCUGCAACCUGGCUGUGGCUGAUUUGGUCCACAUCAUCGGGAUGCCUUUUCUUAUUCACCAGUGGGCUCGAGGAGGAGAGUGGGUGUUCGGGAGCCCCCUCUGCACCAUCAUCACAUCCCUGGAUACCUGCAACCAGUUUGCCUGCAGCGCCAUCAUGACUGUGAUGAGUGUGGAUAGGUACUUGGCUCUCGUCCAGCCAUUUCGACUGACAAGUUGGAGAACAAGGUACAAGACUAUCCGCAUCAAUUUGGGCCUUUGGGCAGCUUCCUUUCUGCUAGCAUUGCCUGUCUGGAUCUACUCAAAAGUCAUCAAAUUUAAAGACGGCGUCGAGAGUUGUGCUUUUGAUUUAACAUCCCCUGAUGAUGUACUCUGGUAUACCCUUUAUUUGACAAUAACAACUUUCUUUUUGCCCUUACCCUUAAUUUUGUUGUGUUAUAUUUUAAUUUUAUGUUAUACUUGGGAGAUGUAUCAACAGAAUAAGGAUGCCCGAUGUUACAACCCCAGCCUUCCAAAGCAGAGAGUGAUGAAGUUGACAAAGAUGGUGCUGGUGCUGGUGGCAGUCUUCAUCCUCAGUGCUGCGCCCUACCACGUGCUUCAGCUGGUGAACUUGCAGGUGCCGCAGCCCACUCUAGCCUUCUACGUGAGCUAUUGCCUCUCCGUCUGUCUCAGCUAUGCCAGCAGCAGUGCCAACCCUUUCCUCUAUAUCCUGUUGAGUGGAAAUUUCCGGAAACGUCUGCCUCAAGUACAGAGAGUGAGUGAGGAAAUCAACAACAUGGAAAACUUCCUGAAGUCAAGCUUUUAG